AUGUUGCGGUGGUACCAGCGCUUCACGACCGGGGAGUACAGCCUUGAAGACGAAGACAGAUCAGGACGCCCAUCAGAACUGGACAUGAGGCAGCUACGGCGUGUACUGAAAUCGGACCCCUUCCAAUCCACAAGGGAUAUGGCGAGCACUCUUGACACUCACCAUUCCCUUGUGGAAGCUGGAUUGCAGAAGCUGGGAAUAACUACAAAACUGGGCCGUUUUGUGCCACACCGCCUCAAGCCUGCCGACCUUGAUCGCCGGGUGGAUGCUUGUUUGACCCUGCUGACUAUGCAUAAAGGGUACAAGUGGCUGGACCAUCUCGGACGAGAAGUGGAUCUAUCACGACAUCUUCCACAGGAAAGCGCAGUGGGUUCGACCUGGAGAAGAGCCCAAGGAGACCCCGAAGGAGAUGCACCCGAAGAAGGUUUUUGUCCGUAUGGUGGGGUGUACGGGGUCCCGUUCAAUGGCAACUACUGGGUGAGGGGUCGCCAUCACGGCUGA